AUGGGUGAGGCAUUAACCCGAGUAACUUGUUUAGAAUGCCAGAGGAUUAUUACACAGUAUUAUAACCCUUCAAUACCACCGGAGGCCCAUAGAUUCGCACUGAGUGUGAUCGUGAAUAUCCGACAAGCACGCCUGGUUAUGAGGGAUGCGGAAUCCCUUGACGUUCUUAAGGCUUUAUUCCUUUCAUCUAAGCUUGGGGAUUCUCUUGAAGUAAUCGAGCUCAUGCGUAAGUGUGUGAGCCUUCUUGUCUCAAACAAUAUAUCGUCUUUGCAAACACUCAAUCUUAUUAUAGCAGCUAAUCUUCUACUGCGUGACGGUAUGAAGGAAUAUGAUCAACACAAUGAUACCUCCGAGGACCCCUUCACUCCUUUCACUACCGAUUCUUCCUUGGCUUCAUCCUUCGAUGGAUCGCAAGGUUCUUUUAAGCGAAGAACACGAAGGUACCAUCAAGGGUUUCCAACUCAGGCUCAGAUUCGACUCGCUACAGAACUUCUUGCAGAAGCUGCGCGAAGACUCCCAAGUGACUAUGCUUGUCCUGAGGACAUAAAUUUCGGAGAGUUCUUCCUCCAGAACUCGGGGAAAAACUACUCAUUCAAAGAUAUUGCCUCGAAAUCCAGCACGUCAUCUGUUCAUGAAAGCGAAAUGAGUAUAUUCGUGGCGACUAUCAGGAUCCUGUGUGUGAUAAUCAGUGUACAGAAAUUUAAUCGCACGUUUGAUCAAAAUAUUCUGCAGGAAAUCGAUGAAACGAUUCUGCGUCCCGUAGCGAAGGUACUGCCGCGGCUUCCUUUCGUUACGUAUUUCUCCCUAAUAGUGAAAGCUAGGCCACUUUAUGCCCGGGAGGUUUCAUUCCUGACUGAUAUUCUUCAAAUUAAUAAUAAGUCUUUUAUUGACAUUUGUGCUCAGAUGCUCAGGAUUUUUUAUGAAAAUUCAAAACCAAGUAAUCUUUUUCUUGGCUGCACGGCAGCCAAGGCGAUGCGUAAAUGGAAUACAGGACUGGCUCGACCUCAUACUUCUACGUCAACGACAGGCAACGAAAAUAUCUUUGAAAUCUUCGACGCCCUUGCGCCAUUACUAGAAACGCGAGUUUUCUUCACCAAGGAUUUUCCGGAGGGAGUGGACUUUGAUAUGAAGCGUCCAUUUCUUGUUUUACGAAAACUAUAUUUUGUAUACUCAGUCUACACAGCAUUUUGCAUGACGACAUUCUCGGAUGACACGGUCUCUCUUCGAUACUUGGGUUCGCUUGAAAGGGUGACGCAAUGUGUACUGCAGCAGCUGAAGGUAGUUAUACAGGAUAGAUGGGCCGACGUUUCCUUGUCGGAAGAUGAUAGAAUUAUGGUGGAGAUAGUUUCACUUCGAAUCUUAAUUAAUAUGUAUAGAGCCCGUAAACUAGUAAAAAGUUUCCCUGUAGCGGGUGCUGAGCAUUGCUCUAAUUUUAUCCCAACUGAUGAAUUGAUUUCCCACAUAAAGGUUAAAUCAUACACUCUGAUUCUGCUACCGACGGAAGGGACUAGGCUGGUCGUCGAAAGUCUAACGCAACAAGCUGACCAGCUUCUGUUGACUCAGGAGAAGUUCAAGAUCUGGUCAGAUCUCGUGACUAUCUGUCUUGAAUUUGUUGAGACAGAUUACUCCACCACUAGUGCACAAUCAUCUAACGUUGGAUUCUACAUACACGUUUUACAAUCUCUGAUUGUCUUGGUGCGCGACAGUAAACGCUCUCAUUUUGUGUUGAAAACACUCUGCAUUGCUCUUAGAAAUUUGUGCAGGGCGUAUUCAAGUCACUUCUCUGGACACAUGGAAAGGUUAAGCAAGGGAGUGACACAGGAGGAGGGCUCGACAGAGGCCGACGUGUUAAAGAAGCUGCUGAUUGAGUCCUUUAAUGGGUUACAAAAACAUAUGGAUAAGUACGUGAUGGAUGCAUCGAUGCCGAUACGGAAAGAUUUCUCCACUGAAGAAUUAGAAAAGGAUUCGAUAGUGGCGCUUUCACGCAUCGCUCUCAGUGUUGCCAUGGAGGCAUUAAAUUUUUCUUUUCUCCUUGGCCACCCAGUUUCUGAUCUGCAUUCGGUGCCUGCUCUGGAGUCUGCCUUAAUAGCAGCCCUACGCUCUUUUUCAGUUGGCGGCGAGAAAUGGAAGGAACGCGCCAUCGACUCCACUCUGAAGGGUCACGAUGCGUUGAACUUGCUAAAGCUGUUGGAGAGUAUUCUGCGGACAGGGAUAUGUAGCACAAAUGUUCUUACUGCGGCUGCCACAGCUCUCCGCGGGGCGAUAUCCGAGGAUGCCCUAAAGCCGAGUUGGCUGUCGAUGAGCAAUGUGGCUAGGGCUGCGUCGCGGGUUUACACCUUGGCGACGCCUCAGCUCAGCAUCUCUAAGGGUUCACGACAGGUUGCCCAACAAGGCCUUAUCUGCGUGACGCGGCUGUGCUUGUUGAACCCCCCACCAAACACGGGAGGAGCGAAUAACGACAAAACGACUGCUGAAGAGCUGAUUUCGCGUAUGAAUUUUGCCGAGACUGUCUGGCGAUGCGCGAUACAGGCAGUGGAGACUCCACUACGGCAAUGUCCGUUGGAUAAGUACCUGGCUAUCAUGUUGCGCCACGUGCGGCGGUAUUGGAUGAAUCCUAUCCUUAAGGGCUUAUCCCUGCCCAAAUCCAUGGAUGAAAUACUUUCCCUUGAGGGGUUAUUAAAGGGUGUGCUAAGUAGAAAUAGCGACGCAAUGCGAUUUCUCAAUUCAUCAUCGGUAUCUAUUAGUAGGGACGAGGCUGGAAAGGUCUUGGCCUCACAUGCCUUUCUGAUUCAGGCUAACUUUUUGAUCUUGAGCCUUAUUCGGCGCAUACGCUUGCUGCUUAUGGCGAUUCCAAGAUCAGAUCGCAAUCAGCAAAAGGCUCGAAUGAAGCGAUACUACGAUGUCUGUGUUGUUUUUUCUGAUAUUUUUGAUCAUAAUCAGAACUAUAUGCUCCCUUCAGUGAUAUACGCUGCUCUUAAUGAGAUGCUUUUUUUACCCAGCUUAUUCCGAAGAUCAGGCUACUACACGGCUGCGAUGCAACGCCAACUGGAAUUUUGCCUCGUGUGCGUUUUGUCAUAUGCAGAGGCUUGUGGAAACCAGGGAACUUGGGCUCUAUAUUCGAUGAGCAUUGAAAGCAACCGAAUUCUGGACAAAGGGGAAGCAGGGGAGGUAGUAUCCGGUAUGGAAACCUCGGAGGCUCCUGCAAAAGGAAACGAGCUAUUGAGUCCUAUCAUGAUUUCCAAAAUGUUUUCGGAAAUAGGAUGUAUUGUCAACGUCCAUGCUCGGCGUUUUUUGCUUAAGCUUGUAAAUGAAGUUGCUGAUGCGCUACCGCCGCCUGAUGUUGACGACGCGAUCUCACCCGAGUCAAUUAGAGGAAAUAAACCGUGGGAAAACUUUGUGGAAGAUGACGAUAGGCUCUGUUGGAGGAUAACGCAAGGCUUUCGCCGAAUGCGGAAAAUGAAUCGAUUUGUAGAUGCCGGUUGA